AUGGCCGAUAUCGGUUUCCCGAGAUGUGCGGCGAGUUUAAAAGGCGUCAUUCUGGACAUGUGUGGAGUUUUGUAUGACAGCGGGGAAGGCGACGGGGUUGCCAUUCCCGGCUCUGUCGAUGCCGUGAGGAAGCUGAAGGCUUCCGACUUGAAGCUAAGGUUUUGUACAAAUGAGACUCAAGCCGCGAGGGAGAAGUUUGUUGCCAAACUCCGAAGAUUGGGAUUUGACAUAUGUGUCAGCGAAGUCUUCUCACCAGCACCUGCAGCGGUUGCUGUCCUGCGAGAAAGAGGACUGCGGCCCCAUCUGCUGGUGUAUGACGCGCUUCUCUCGGAGUUUGAAGGUGUGGACACAAGCGACCCCAAUUGCGUGGUGAUCGGCGACGCAGCCGAAAAGUUCUCGUACGCCAACCUGAACGAGGCAUUCAGGGUCCUGAUCGGCUUGGAGAAACCCAUUCUAUUCUCGCUUGGAAAAGGGAAGUACUACAAGGAGACUGAUGGCCUCAAGCUGGACGUAGGAGUUUACAUGAAGGCCCUGGAGUACGCCUGCGACGUGGAAGCCGAGGUCAUUGGGAAGCCGUCCGCUACAUUCUUCCAGAGCGUCCUCAAUGACAUGGCGCUUCAGCCACAUGAGGUGUUGAUGAUUGGUGAUGAUCUGGUGAAUGAUGUGGGUGGUGCCCAACAAUGCGGAAUGAAAGGCGUGCAAGUAAGAACAGGAAAAUACAGGCCCAGUGACCAGAAGCACCCGACCGUGACGGCAGACGGGACGACUGACCACCUGGCCCAGGCUGUGGACAUGAUCCUUAGCCAGAGAGGGAAAUCCUAA